UUGUGUGAUGCGGUGCCGAGCUUGUCUUCAUUUUCUGUUGUGAAAUUAUAUAUUAUUUGUGACGUGGACUUUGGUAUCCAUCUCGAGGCCUCGGAUGUAAAUAAAAGGCAGACACCCCUGACUGGACCAAACCAUACGUGUUUUAACACUGCCAUACGUGUUUGCGUUUAAAAUACGUUUACAGACUAUCACCUGGAUACUAAACAACAGUGACCUGCACUGACCGCAGCCAUGCUUGAGGCAGACGCAGAAAGAGGUCAGAUUCUUGCGAAGAGUACUCUCCGAAACUUGAAAAUGAUGCUCGACAACUCUUACAAGUGGAAAUGGAUAUCGCUGAUAUUUACAAUCUCGACCACUGCCUUCCUCGUCAUCAGUGUAUCUGUCUGGGUGGUGAAAGACCGUCAGAUCGAGGCGGCCAAGCUACCCAGUUGCGCUCUUGAUUCGGACAAACAAGUGUCGAGGUCAAAACGUCAGGCCGCUAGUCAAGCAGACGUAUUCGCCGCCAUUACACCGGAGGAAAUUGAUGAGGUGCUAGACUACUUAUAUUCGGACACGGACUUAAACUUGACAAAACCAGACGAAGCUGCAAUUGACUCAAGUUUCAUACACACUUUGGAACUACAGCCCCCAAAUAAGAAAAGGGUGCUUGAUUAUUUGUCCGGUUCUGGCGGACAACCGGAAAGAAUGGCCAAGGUUUUGAUUUUUCGCGGAGAUGCAACGCCUCCUGUCCUCCAGGAAUAUAUUGUAGGACCCUUAUCCAACAUUUCAGUAGCGAAGGUGAUGAACACGACUGCCCGGAAAACCACUAUUCCGUACAACUUCAGGCCAUUCUCGUCUUUCGAAUUUAAAGCCAUCUACAAAUAUAUAAUUAGGUACAUAGCAACUCAUGCUGGACACGUCCUGCUGGAAAGCUACAACGCUACUCCGUUUGACUGCGGCAGUCAGUGCUUGAGGUUCGCCAUGACCCCAAUAUCGAGUGCUUUUCUACCAAAUGGUGAACGGAAGUCAUGGUUCUGGUUUGCUUACGACAUUGAGUUUUAUACGCUACAUCCUCUUGAUUUCCAGUACAGGGUCAACAUGACGAGUGCUAACCCCAAGGAAUGGACAAUUGAGAAUGUAUGGUACGCCAAGCAGAUGUUUUCUAGUCUUGAUGACUUUUUGACCCAGUAUACACGUGGAAACAUUAACAAGACCGUCAUGAACUUCCCAUCCGCCGAAGAAAACAAGUAUAGUUCUUUAGAAUUUCGAGAACCCUUGUUCCCUGAAGCAGUUCUCCGUCCUCCUAUUCAAGUGGAACCCGACGGAUCCCGUAUCACAGCUGCUGGCAAUGAAAUACAUUACCUUGCUUGGGAUCUCAAAUACCGUAUGUCUCCAACAGUCGGGCUUCAACUUUUUGACGUUAACUUCGACGGUGAGAGAAUUCUGUACGAGAUAAGUCUGCAAGAGGUUGUGGUGACAUAUUCCGGUUUCAGCCCUUCCGCUCGGAUGCUGAAUUAUGCCGACAGUGCAGGCUUGUUCGGUACCAGAUGCAGAGGCCUGCUCCCCAGUGUUGACUGUCCGGCAAACGCACGCUUCUUUAACACACAUUUAUACUCGGCUAAUGAAGGAGGUCAUCGGACAUACGAAAAUGCCAUGUGUGUAUUUGAACAUACUACAAACACACCAGUUCGCAGACAUCGCGCCUAUGGGCGGAUUGGGGCAUUUUACGGUGGACUGGUAAGCUCUGUGCUAGUAGUGAGAACGAUUCUGUCUGUGAUAAAUUACGACUAUAUCUAUGACUUCUACUUCUAUCAGACCGGUGCAGUAGAGGUGAAGAUUUCCCUUACAGGCUAUCUUGGAACUACCUUCCACACCCCAGAAGAAAACCCAUACGGAGUUCACAUCAAAGAAGGCAUCAAUGCUGGUAUCCACAACCACUUAUUUCAUUUGAAGGUUGAUUUAGACGUGAAGGGAACCGAAAAUAAGUUUGAAACCCUCGACAUUAAAGUUGAAAACAAGACAGACCCAUGGGUUGAUGGAGGGUAUCACAUUCAAACAUACUAUGAAAGAAAUGUGAAAGAAACGGAACUUGAUGCAGUCUGUAAUUAUAACUUCUCGACUCCGAAAUAUCUUCUCGUCUCUAGCCACAAUGCGACCAGUGCACAAGGUCUUCCUCGGUCGUAUCGACUGUUACCAAGGGGAAUGUCGAAUAUGCUGGUGAAUUCUGACUACGGCUUCUCUAACUCUAUAUCAUGGGCGAGACAACAGGUGGCCGUGACCCGCCACAAGGAUGACGAGGAGACAAGUACUUCAAUAUUCGCUAUGUGGGAUGCUAGCGAUCCAGUGGUCGACUUUGCCAGGUACAUAGAGGACGAUGAGAAUAUUGAUAUUGUUGCCUGGGUCACCCUCGGAACACAACAUAUCCCGCAGAUAGAAAAUGUUCCCAACACAGGUACGGUGGGAACGCAUCUGUCUCUCUUUAUCAUGCCCUACAACUACUUUGACGAGGAUCCCUCCAUGAGAUCACGUGACGGUGUGCGUGUCACUCCAUUUUCAAAUGAUCAUCCGACAGACGGCGCUGUUGUAGAACGCCAUAACCGGAAGCCAGACGAGGCGUGUGUGGCGAGCGUUUCUCUCCCAGAUGAUGACCUACGACGGAACAGUAGAUUUCUGUUUACAUAGUUAUAGUGACUUACGAACUACAUUUAGUGAACACAGGCAGCUAAAUUAUUGGAAAAUAUUCACGUGUUCACAAUGAUUUGUUAUAUUAGAGAUAGACAAGAAGGAACUUUAAUUUACCAAACAAUGAGACCCAAGUUCUUCUCUGAACUUGCAGAAAAUUGUUAUAUGUGAAUUUUGUUAUCAUUUCAGCACAGAAGCAAUGCAAUACGUUUUGUGUGUGUUCUGAAACACAUAUCAGACUUAAUUAAGCGCUCCAGUGAUUGAUAGCGCUGCAUGUUGUUGUCAUUUUUCCAGAAUAUUUAUGUAUUGUAAUAUAUCUUGUUUUGAAAUAUAUCAAAUAUUUACAACCCAAUACGCAUGUAAACAAGCUUAUAUUUGGAUUAAUAAGUCUUCAGUUUUACAUUCAAAUAUGAAAAUUGUAUGAAAAGGGUUAGUAUAGAAGUGUUAGAAAUAUAUCAAUCCAUGGUGCAGUAUAUUAUGACGUACUUUUCGUCAAUACUGUAUGGUUGUUAAGUUUCGAGGUGCUAAUAUAUUGCGCAGUUUUCCAAAUCGGACCUAGUUCCUGACCUGCCUCCUGCCUCUUAAAUAUUGAAGUUAUAAUUAAACUUGAGCUAGAUAAUUUUGGUUUCUAGAAUAUGUCUGAUUCAUAAGUUUCAAAAUAAGGAGAGAUUUUAUAUCACAGCUAAGCUGCGCUAUUCUUUACAAAAAACUUAAGGCUGUUGGCCAGAAUAAACUGAUUCAUGGACAUUGCAUUUUAAGCAUCCUACAGUAAGUUUUUCUAUCAAUUUGUGAAUUCAUAUUUAUAUUCGCUGCGCGUUUAUUUUCGCGAUGUAUUCAGCGAAAUUAAUCCCCGCGAAAAGUAACAACUAUACAGUGUAUUAGUCCCUAAAACGAUGUAUAUUAAUAUAUAAACCAGUGUUAUGAUAAUUGUUUAAUUAAUUUAAUUAUAAAUUAUUAACGUGUUUAUUUAUCACUCCAAAUUUUAUUUUUUACAUCAUGCUUAACUAUUUGUAUGUAACAAUGUAUUCGUUUCCAUUCACACAUUCCUAUUGGUAAAAGUGAUGUGUGGGGAACGAAAACACAUAUAUUAUAAAGUUUUACUACGGCAGCAUUUGUAUAGUUAUUUCUUUGUGCUUAUUAUGAAGGUUUUGUAUAUGUGUUUAUUUGCUUUUCGUCAUUUUGAUUUUAAAAAAGUAUACAGAUAUUACAGGCUUACCUCAACCAUAUCACAGGCCUAAUGAUCUGUAUCCUUCUCAAGAGUGUUCAUUGUGUAUAUCUGUCUUUAUAUAAAUCAUGCAUGUUGUUGACGAAAUGCUCGUUUGAGCAGAACAUUGAAUUUUCUAUUCAUUAUUUCCGACUGGGUACCAUUAUACCCGUAAAUAUUAAAGAUUUGUUUUGGUGAUAUUUAUUUGGAAAUAAAACAUGAAUAAUUCAA